AGCCGCUGGCCGGAAAGACUCCUAUUCUCCACAGAAUACUUCAUAAACACCGUAGUUAACCACCUGAGAAUAGCCGAGUUCUACUUUGGACAAAACAUAUCUCCCAUGGUGACAUGGGAAGCCUUGGUGUACGUGUCCUGUCUUGUAUGUUUACGCUUCUCAUAAAUUCAUGAUGUCAAGAAAACAUUCAAAGCACAAGCGAGAGAAGACCAAGUCUUCGUCAAAGAAAACAAAGUCAGAACGCAGCAGUCAUGAUAAAGAAAAGAAGACUGAGCUGUCAUCACACUGCAAACGAGGAAAGCUAUCGCCACAGCAAUCAUCCUUAUCCUGUCAAAUGGGAAAAAAAAGAAAACUAUUCUAUCAGGAAUUGGAUGAUCCCACAAGUCUCAGACUGUCGAUGGAAGAACAGUCUCAAUCUUCCUGGUCUAGACACUUGAAGGAAAAACAUAAAGCCAGAUCGGAGAAGUUCAAGGAGGCUCCCAUGCAAGAUCCAGCUUUUUCAGUGGCAACGUCCUCUUCGUAUCCUGAAAAAAUAAAGUCUAAAUCAAAGCGAAAGAAAAAACACAAGAAACAUUCACAUGAAGAAAAUAGCCAAGAAAAGCACCAAACGUCUACAACUACAAAACCUACUUAUUCCGCAACAGAUAGUACUGGUGAAUUGCCAUGGUGUAAAAUAUGCAAGUCUUCUGAAUUCUGCAGACAUGCUCUUAAACGCAAAGCAGUGUCAUCAACUGAGGAAGAAGAUCUUGAGUUGUUGAAGUCAAAAGCAAGUUGCUCUUCAUAUGAAUCUUUACAAACUGGUUUUAAAGACUACGUAAGCAAAGUAUAUUCACAAGAAGUUAAAGGAACUACUGGAAAACAUGAGAAGGACAGAAGUCAGUGCUGUGCAAUUAAAUCUGUGCAUGGAACAAGCAAACUCACUGUUUUGUGUGAUGAACUGAAACAUAAGGAAAUUGAAACCAAAGAACAGACAAAAUCUUCAACAGCGUUGCAUAAGAAAUUGAAUAAUUCAAAUAUAAAACAAAACUUUAAGGAUUCGUAUGAAGCUGUAAGAAACUUUGAAGAACUAGAUACCACCAAAAACAAAUCUGAUAUGUUUGUGAAGUUGCAUGAGAAGCCUUGUAGCUCUGGAAAAUCAUUUGAUGUGUGGAAAGUAACCAGCGCGCCCCUGAAGCCUGUCAAAAAUACAAGAAAUUCUGGUGAAGGUUCAAAAAUUCCAGAAUCUGUUAUUUGGGAGAAGUGCAAUAAAAUAUCUAAUUGCUUGAGAGAACGCAGAAAAAAAUCUAAAAUAUUGGAACAGGCUGGCAAUGAGUCCAGCACAGUAAGAACGGCAUCUUACUUAGCCAAAAAUUUGGGAAAACCCAAUGAUCAGUUAAAAUCCUCAGGGAUUGAAAAACCGAAUGUAAUUUCUAAGGAUCAAAAAAGCUCUGAAUUGUUUGGUAAGAAUUACAAACAGUCAUUAAGUAGCGAUUCUGAAGGGACCACAAGAAAAGGAGUAUCAGAAUAUCCACAAAAGCAUCAGCUUGAAAUCAUGGAUUCAGACUUAACUCAGAAGUCUGGGCUCUUUGAAAGAACUGAUGUGGCAGUAUUAUCAUCAAAUUCUGAAAAAGUUGAAGAAUUUGAAACUCCAAAACAAGCUAAAAAGUUUAAUAGUUUUAAAAUUCUUAAAAAGGCCUAUGCUACUGAUGCCUUGUCACAGCGUAUUUCUCAAAAGUUAUUAACUUCAAGUGCUGCUCAGUCAAAGUUUCAAUCUUCAGACAAUGCAACAAAAUCUGCUUCGAAACAGCAGGAUCAUGUACUGUUUGCACAUCAGCUGGAUUCUCAGAAAUGGAAUUCAUCUACAACUUUAUCAGAUAAUGUGGAUAUGGAUACUGUUCAAAAGAUGGAGAUAGUAGAAGAGCUACAAACAGCUAGAUAUGAAAAAGUCUUGGAGGUGGAACUAGGACAGAGCUAUGGAGAGUUAACAAGCAUGGAGAUAGACCCACCUCAGGAAAUAAAAGUAUGCUCAACUGAAGCUUCUUCGAAGUCUGACAUUCUGCUUGUACUGGAUACCAACAUUUUUAUCAGUCACCUAAACUUUAUUGUGAAUAUAAAGGACCAUGGAGUUGCAGGUGUUGGUUUCCCAAUUAUCGUCAUUCCAUGGGUAGUUCUACAGGAAUUGGAUUCCUUAAAAAAUGGAAAGCUCUCCGGAGGUGUGAAUCGUAAAGCCAUACCUGCUGUACAGUUCAUUUACUCCUGCUUUAAAAGCCGACAUCCACAUGUGUGGGGGCAGUCCAUGCAACAGGCAGCUCAAAAGUUCUGUGGCUUACGUGAAGAAAACAAUGAUGAUCGCGUGUUGCAGUGUUGUUUACAAUAUCAGCAGUUAUACCCUUCUGCAGAUGUCCUCCUGUGCAGUGAUGAUAAAAACCUUUGUAGUAAAGCCUUGGUAAGCAAUGUCAAGGCUGUAAGGAAAGUUGAUCUGUUGACUGAGUUAAGUGACUUGAAAACCAAUAAUGAUGUCCCAAACACUCAGGACCUUAAUGCCUUCAAUCAAUCUCCAUCAGUAAGCAGCGUGAAAGAGCUGAACAGGUCACAUAAUCAGCAUCAGUCAGCACAAGAGCGAGCUUUGGAUGUUACUGGCAUCGUCAGUCAGUUAGAGAAAUCACUAGGCCUUGCUUUGUCAGUCAUCUUAGAAACUGAGAUGAAAACAAUAUAUGAAGAUCUCUGGACAGAGAUACUAUUUGUGAAGCCCCCUUGGUCUUUGGAAGACUUAUUACUAUGUAUGAAGAAACACUGGAUUGCUGUGUUUGGCCUAAUUGUGAAAAGAGAUUUGCAGUCAUCUGUGGAAAUGUUAAGUAGUCAUUUUCAAACAGGUAAAAGAUCACAGUAUAAUCAUUUUACUCUUACCUGGAUGUUGCUGGAGUCCCAAAAACUAAUACGAGCCUUCAACUCAAGAUCAGGUUAUGGUGGCGUUCUCCCACGCACCUUGGCUGUCAUAGAUGAAUUGCUUGAAAAGAGUUCUGAGCAUUGCAGCAAAAAUGAACUAACUUCAAAAUCACCAAAAAAGUCGCAAGAGUCUUCUGAAAAGUUGGAAAUUUCAGGUGCGCCACCUUCAAAUCUCGAUUCAGGAAGAAAUGUGACUCUCUACCCAUUCAGUGGAUGCCCCACGUCAGAGAUGGAUAACUCUCAAAAUGUGAACAGAAUUCAACAAAUUUGGGCUACCUUUGAAAAUGUGUGGAAUAUAACAAACAAAUACAGCUCAUUAAUUUUUGCAACCUUCAACCUUCCUCACAACCCAUUAGCUGUUGUAACUGACAGCAAGCUGCCACUUCCUGAGGAAGCAUUUCAGAGCCUGCAAAGAUUGGUGCCUGCAGUAAAAGAACUACUGGCAGGAAUUCAGAGAAUUUUGUCAUCAGAUUGUAAUGUUCAAGAUUUCCAGAAGCUCACGGAAAUUCUGCACAUCUUUCUAAAUACUGAAGAGACAAAUAUUUCUGAUACCAGAAUUUCUGCACAGGAUUUACAUGAAUGUUUUAGUCAUGAAGAAUACAGGAAGAGGCUGACUGUUGGCUACAGCCAGUUGGCUGAGUUAAGCUACAAUUUGGAGCAAUGUAAUGCAGCACUGUGUCUCGAGGCCAGAAGCAGAGGCUUAGUUUAAUACUGUUUAACAAUCAUACGCUAAUGUUUCUCAACAGACUGGAUUUAGUUUAUUAUGUUUUACUAAUGCUCAUUUCUUGUUGUGAGAAUGAUAAAAUUCUCUGUAUCAGAGGUAAAAUUGCAAAAGGUUUUGUUAAGGUGCUAUUUAAAUAAAGAAAAAUUACAUGUU